AUGGAAUCCAUCCAUGGAAACUACCCGACGUUUGAAAUAGCCUGGCGCGCAAAUAAAUUCAUGAAGAUAGUGCGACAUGCGCCAAGGGGUUCGGUGCCCAAAGUGGUCAACAGAAAACUCAUAGCGGAUCGCGGUAAAGCGGAUGGAAUUGGAAAUGCACUUGCUCUCAUUCAGGCCUUUUCAAUCGUGUUCCAGUGCUUCUUCCGCAAGAUGAAGGGACUGACAGUCACCUUGCUCGAGUUUCACGUUGUCGUCCAGGUAUUGUGUUCACCUAGCACCACGGAGGAGAAGGGCAUUCUAGCAGUUAUCGAAACGAUCCCGAAUAUUAAUAUGAGGGACCGGCGCGACCUUGAGGAAGCGCUUACAGAGCCUAUAUCUGGCAAAGACGCCGACGGAGCUAAUACUUUGCCACCGCCUGGCGGCCUGUUUAGCCGGUCCACUCUAGCCGAAAUCUGUGAGCGUUUGAAAGGAUUGGCAGAAGGUGACAUGUGGGAGUCCUUUCUCAGGUUAGAAAUUUUACGUAGGCAUAGAGCCACUCGCCCUGCACAUUUCAUAACUUACUCCAUAUACGGUGCUGCACAUAGCAUUGCAUGA